GCUGCUCAACAACAAGCGCAGGCUUUCCUCAGCUGACAUUCUGCGCCUCUCCACUAUGCUGCUGCCUUCACCAAUACCCGAUGAGCUGCCGCAUCCUCCUCUCCAGGAGCGGUGCAAGGAGGCCUUCCAAAUCAUCGCUAGAAGAAGAAAUGUUCUUAUAAGAUGGUACAGAAGAUGGGUUGAAAUGGCCGACGCAGCAUUAUCUAAGUAUGCCAAGCAAACUGCGGCAGAUUACCAGCUUCAUAUCAUCCAUGGCCUAGGAACCAUGAAGGAUGAAUUUAAUGUGGACAAAUCUUUCCAUAUCAACUUCAUGGCGUGGCCAAUGGAUCCUUCUUCCGCCAGAGAAGCCCCCGUGUUUUUCUUUGCUGAAGCUCUUCGCCCGUCUGGCUCGCACUUUUGUGAAGAGGAUAUCACCUUGUGCUGUACAGUACAACCUUCAUCAAGUGAAGUUGAUUGCUGCCAUUCUUGUCUGACUAAACACUAUAUAAUUGAUCAUCCGGAUAAUUCUGAGAACUUCGGUGGCGGGCAGUACUUCAAGAUGGAUGGAACCAGCAAAGAUUGGGAUUGCCCAGCCACACUUGAUGUUGACUACAGGUGUUUCGAUCCUGACAGAGAUGUUGAUCUCGUGGAGUACUUGGAUCAAGAUUACGCCCAUUACAUAUCCUCUUCACCCUGGCAUUGCCGUCAUAAAAAUGAGGGGGAUGUCUCGGGUUAUUGCAGCGGAAUUAUGUGAAAUGUGAUGGUUGUAGUUUCACUAGUGCUCUUCAAUCGCUUUGCACCUUUCAAUGAAAUUAAUUGCUAUCUGACCAUCU